GCGGGGCCGGUCCGGGCCAUGGCGGGUGAGGCGGCGGCCGGCGGCGCGGAUCCCGGAGCCCGCGCGUGGCAACCCCAGUGGGUGCCCCCAUGAACGAGCGGCGCGGCCGGGGCUGCCGGGACACCGCAGGGCGCCAUGAGAGCGGGCCAGGAGCGCAGCCAGGAGUGUCUCCCGCCCAAGAAGCGAGAACUUGCCGCCGCCAACACUGGCACCGAGGCGGGACGGGCCGGGGGAGCCCAGGGCUCGGGCUCGGGCCCCGAGUGGGCUCGCACGGCUCGCCCGGCUCCCGCCACACCGCGCUACGGUCCCGGCGAGGCCCCCGAGGCAGCAGCGGGGCUGACGGUGGACCAAUACGGGAUGCUCUACAAAGUGGCAGCACCGCCUGCCACCUUCUCCCCCACGGGCCUGCACCCCGUGGUGAACGUGAGCCCCCUGCCCCCAGCCUUCAGCGUGACCUCGCCCAUCAUCCAGCACCCGGCGGUGCCCUUCCCCUCCAUCCACUAUGCACAGAUCCCUUCGGCUUCCCUGCAGCUCAUUGGUUCCCCCUACACAGUGCCCUAUGCCGUCCCUCCUGCCUUCAUGCCUAGUCCUCUCCUGUCUCCUUCCACAAACCUCAGUGCCCCCCAUGUCCCCCACUUUGUUCCAUAUGCCUCCCUGUUCACAGAAGAAGCUGCUCCUUCCUCCCAGACUACCUCUCCUACCCACAGCUUCAACAAAUCCACCUCUGCAGCCUCUCCUGGGCAGAUGCAGCACCACACUGCGUCCCAACCAGUGGACAUGCCACCGGGGAGGAUUCCUGUUUAUUAUCAGAUGUCCCGCCUCCCACCAGGCUAUUCAGCCUAUGAGGCACCUGUAGCAGGUGGGAACCCAGACUCUCCUCAGCAAGACAGUCAGCUGAGCUCAGAGGUGGCUGCGGCCAAUGGUGGGCAGAGGCCCCUGGAGCAAAGUGUGGCCAGGAGGCCCAACGAGGCUGUGGACUCUGCCAGCAGUGCAGCUGAGGACUGUCUGCCCCCAGGGGCUGCAGCAGGAUCUAUGGGUGAUGGACAGUUCCUUCCAGGUCACCAGAUGCUGGGAAGAGAGAUCUCUGUGCCUACUCACAGGAGCACCCCAGACGCUGAUCUGGAGGUUCAGAGAGUGGUGGGGGUGUUGGCAUCUCAGGAUUAUCAUGUUCUGGCAGCCCAGAGGAAAGAUGACCCAAGCCCUUUAAAUCUUUGCCAUAAUACCACUGAUGGGCAGGGAGACAUGCUGAGGAACACCACAGAUAGGGCUGCAGCUGGGAACAGCCAGUCCCAGAGCCCAUGUGGAAUGUCCCCCGAAGAGACUGCUAGACAGAGACAGUUAGCCAAAGGAAUGGUGAUAGCCAAUGGCAAGCCAGUACUUGUUCCCGUUGGAUCUGAGCCCGUCAGGUCUUCCACUUCAGAAGUCCUGCUGAGGGAAAGCCCAGAUGCACAGGCUCGAGGAUAUGUGCUUGAAAAGGAGCUGGCCCAGUUGCAGCCACCCAGUUCCUCACAACUGCCCUCUCACUUCAUGAAAGGAGCCAUCAUCCAGCUGGCGACGGGAGAGCUGAAGCGGGUGGAGGACCUGCAGACUCAAGACUUUGUUCGCAGUGCGGAGGUGAGUGGAGGCCUGAAGAUCGACUCCAGCACUGUGGUGGAUAUUCAGGAAAGCCAGUGGCCUGGGCUUGUCACACUGCAUUUUGUGGUUGGGGAGCAACAAAGUAAAGUGAGCAUUGAUGUGCCCCCGGAGCAUCCCUUCUUUGUGUAUGGCCAGGGCUGGUCCUCCUGCAGCCCCGGGAGGACUGCUCAGCUCUUUGCUUUACCCUGUCACAGGCUGCAAGUGGGGGAUGUAUGCAUAUCAAUCAGUUUACAGAGCAUGAAUGGCAACUCUCCUUCUCAGGCCAACUCCCCUCUCAUGGAUCAGCUGGUAUCUGCUAGGGAGAGAUUGGAACGAACAGCCCAGGGGCCCAGAGAGCCAUGUGACAGAGCUGGUGAAAGGAAGAGCCACACAGAUAGAACCAGCACGGCUCAGAGCUCCCAUGCAGAAUCUUCUCAGUCUGAGGCUGGCAAUCUGUACAGUUUGGCCCCAGGCUUCCAAAGAUACAGCGUGCAGGCAGAGGAGCCUCGGCCCUCUCUGCUCCGUCCCUCUUUCAUUCCCCAGGAGGUCAAGCUGUCUAUUGAAGGGCGUUCGAAUGCAGGGAAAUGAUCCCUUAGAGGUGUGAGCUAGGGCAGCCACAGCAAGCGAGCCUCACCAUCAGGUGGAGGAAUUGCACAGACUGUCAGAGGCUCACCAACAAAGGCUGCUUUCUGCCUUGCAGGAAUAGCUCCAUUCCAGUUCCAUGGCUGACCAGUUGCUCCUGGGGAGUCAGGAGGCCUUCAGUGCCUCAGGGAGCAGCGACAGGCUAGCUGGGGUGGGGAGCAGGGAUGUGGUCAUGAGUGUGUGAUGAGAGCAUUCCACAGGCUGCUGGAGGCUGGGGCUUUCUCCCACUUCCUGGGAUAACUGACUCCCUGCGGGGCAGGGGCUGAGCAUUUGGGGCAGGUAGGGAGAUGAGGAGGGCAGACUUGUCUUAAGGUAGCAGAUAAAAUUGCUGAAGAUUUUAUUUCUCCUUUCUCAUGAUGGGGAGAUAUGGGUCCCCCCUGGAGUUUGGGGGCUCUACUCCCAGCAUCCCCUUUCUUCACACAUGCACUUUAAAAGGACCGUUCACCGAUGGAGCUCUCAAGGGCAGGAUGGAGGUGCUUCUCUGGUGGUUCUGAUUAAUGUCUCUUCCACUGAAUCCAACUACUCUUUCUUCUUGCAAAGAAUGUACAGAUUUGAAUGAAUCACAUAAAUUCAAGAGGAAGGACCAAAAGGAUGGGCUUGGGUGCAGGUGAAUAGGGAACUUGAGCACUUGAGAUGGGACACAAGUUGGGAUGGGAGACAUUGUUUCCUGC